AAAUUUAGAGGACGUUGUUACGUGUAUGCUUAUGAGCAACAGAUAAGGCAGUGUGACACACAAAAAAAAACCCACUAUGAAUCUAGUCUAGUAUGAAACUAGGAUGUCGUGAAGAACAUGAAAUUAGAGAAAUUGUAAUGCAAAAAUUUUUGAAUGAUAAUUUUAGUUUUUUAAAGAAUAAUUUGAAUUGCAAAUUAAGGAUAGUGUACCUAAGCUACGUGUUGGUGUUUGUGUUGACCCGACCGAAAUGGAAAGAGAGAGAACAUGAAAUGAAAUUUUGAUAAUAUUGAUUGAAUAGAAAAGAGAAGAAAACAUGAUGGUAUUACUAACUCUGAGUCUCAAUACAACAACCUUAUUAUUCCCUCGUUUCUUUUCUCAUUCUCACUCUCUUCUCCUACGACGCUGCGCCACAACAACAAGAAGGAAAUUCCAUUUAUACCCUCGCCGCAGUCGUACUGUUGCAUGCUGCAGACUGAUGGAUUCGCCAGAGGAUGGAUUGUCGGCACCGCUGUUAGACUCUGUUACUCAAGAUUUUAAGAAUCAAACCCUUCUCAUCAGCCCUAAUAAUAAUAAGAAGAAGAGCCUCGAAGAUCUCAAUUGGGAUAAUUCCUUUGUCAGAGAAUUACCCUCUGAUCCCAGAACCGAUCCCUUUCCCCGAGAGGUGUUGCAUGCUUGUUAUACAAAAGUAUCUCCAUCAGUUCAAGUAGAUGAUCCUCAACUCGUUAUAUGGUCUCAAUCUGUUGCCGACCUACUUGACUUGGACAAUAAAGAAUUUGAAAGGCCAGAUUUUCCCCUUUUCUUCUCUGGUGCAACACCUUUGGUUGGAGCGUUGCCUUAUGCUCAGUGCUACGGUGGACAUCAAUUUGGUAUGUGGGCUGGCCAGUUGGGUGAUGGCAGGGCAAUUACUCUUGGGGAGAUACUCAAUUCAAACUCUCAAAGGUGGGAACUGCAGCUUAAAGGUGCCGGGAAGACUCCUUACAGUCGUUUUGCUGAUGGCCUUGCUGUGCUCCGUAGCAGCAUCAGGGAGUUCCUUUGCAGUGAAGCUAUGCAUCACCUGGGGAUACCAACAACCCGUGCUCUUUGUCUUGUUAACACUGGAAAGUUGGUCACUCGAGACAUGUUCUACGAUGGCAAUCCAAAGGAAGAACAGGGUGCAAUCGUCUGCAGAGUUGCUCAAUCUUUCCUACGUUUUGGUUCAUACCAAAUACAUGCCUCCAGAGGUAAUGAGGACCUGGAAAUUGUUCGUGUUUUGGCAGACUAUGCUAUUAAGCACCACUUUCCUCAUAUCGAAAACAUGAGUAAGAGUGAAAGCUUAUCUUUCAGCACUGGCGAUGAAGAUCAUUCUGUCGUGGAUCUUACAUCAAACAAGUAUGCAGCAUGGGCAGUGGAGAUUGCUGAGCGCACUGCUUCCACGAUUGCUAGAUGGCAGGGGGUUGGUUUCACUCAUGGUGUGAUGAAUACGGAUAACAUGAGCAUUUUGGGUCUUACUAUUGAUUAUGGUCCAUUUGGGUUUUUAGAUGCUUUUGAUCCUAAAUUUACCCCAAAUACCACAGACCUUCCAGGUAGAAGGUACUGCUUUGCAAACCAGCCUGACAUUGGUCUAUGGAAUCUUGCACAGUUUACCUCAACACUGGCAUCUGCUCAUUUAAUAAAUGAGAAAGAGGCUGACUAUGCUUUGGAAAGAUAUGGAACCAGAUUUAUGGAUGAUUAUCAAGAUAUAAUGACCAAAAAGCUUGGCCUCCCUAAGUAUAAUAAACAGCUGAUUGGCAAACUUCUUACUAAUAUGGCUGUUGACAAAGUUGAUUAUACAAACUUCUUUCGUACACUCUCAAAUAUUAAAGCGGACACAAGCAUUCCAGAUGAUGAAUUGUUAGUGCCACUAAAGUCAGUGCUGUUAGAUAUUGGUAAAGAGCGUAAAGAAGCAUGGACAAGUUGGUUGAAAACCUAUAUACACGAGCUCUCUACCAGUGAAAUUUCUGAUGAUCAGAGGAAGACCUUGAUGGAUAUGGUAAAUCCUAAAUACAUUCUCAGGAACUAUCUCUGCCAGACUGCAAUUGAUGCUGCAGAAAUCGGUGAUUUUGGAGAAGUUCGUAGACUACUCAAAUUAGUGGAACAUCCUUUUGAUGAGCAACCAGGAAUGGAAAAGUAUGCUCGCUUACCCCCAGCAUGGGCAUAUCGACCAGGUGUAUGCAUGCUUUCUUGUUCCUCGUGAGUUGCCUGCUUAGGUAGGCAUGUUCCAAAUAGCAGCAGAAAUAGGAGAGAAGGAUUUUAAAAAGUUGAAAACACAAAAACUAGGAAUUAAACAAAACAAAAAAUAGUGUGUAUUUGUAUUGUACUAGUAUUUUUAUUUAUUUUUAUUUUUUGUCAAAAAUAUUGUACUAGUAUAGAUGAGUUGGAAAAUGAUACUGGAAGAAACAUCUCCAGUUAGACACAAAAUUGGAUGCACUUUAUAUAAAGUUAUGUUACAAUUAUUCAUUUUAUUUAA